AUGGGUAACGCAGGUUGCUGUUCCAGCAGUGAUGGGCGACCUGCCUAUGAGGCUUUGUCCACAGUUGCAUCAAGCGUCACAGGACGUAAGAAAGCCUUGCUCGUCGGCCUCAAUUACCGCAACACACGUGCGGAGCUGCACGGGUGCAUCAACGAUGUGAACAACAUGCAGCAAGUCCUGGUGAAGCAGUACGGCUUCAAGAUUGAGGACAUCCUGAUGCUGAACGAGGAUCAGGACAAGAGUCAAUGGCCUUACAAGAAGGUCAUCCUGGAGGGCAUGCAGUGGCUCUACAAGGAUGCAGGUAGCGGAGAUUUGUUGUUUUUCCACUACAGCGGUCACGGCUCACAGUAUUCGGUGGACAAGAAGGCUAUGCCAGCCGACUGCAUCUGCCCCCUGGACUGCCUUGACAAGGCGUGGCCAGAAGCAGUCAUCCUCGACACGGAGAUUCAUGACAAGCUCUACGAUCCGCUUCCAAAGGGUUGCAAGGCUGUCUGCGUCUUUGACUGCUGCCACUCUGCUACAGUGGCAAACCUUUGUGAGACGAUGGUCGUCAAGGAAGGGCCCCUCACUGCAGCCAAGAAAGAGAAAUUGGUCACAAGGCUGACCCGGCAAAGAGAUGACGUGGCUGCCAAGGUGCGCUUUUAUCGUGAGGUCAACUCCGGCAAACUGGACAUCAAGAAGAAGAGCCGGGAAGAGAUGAUCCAAUUGCUGGAGAAGCUCGAGUACCCCAAGAGGGGGGCUUACUUCGAGGAUGAGCAGGCGAACUACAAUUACCUGAUGGGCUUGUCCAUCUCCACACUCUUCAAUGAGUCCGUGAAGAAUGCUGAGGAUCUCUUGGACGCAAGAACGAAGGCACUUCAACAUGUACAAAGUUUGAAGCCCGGUGAAGGCGCCAAGAUCUAUGUGGGGAACCUCGAGCAGGAUGAGCAGACUGCCUUUUCCAAGAGCCAUUCCAACAAGGAUAUCCGCUUGCGAUACCUUCCGCAACCAGAGAUGGAGCAGGAUGAAGAUGCCGCACCGGCCAAGCCUCUCGGCCAGGGCCUGCGGGGUGCCCUCAAAAAGGCCAAAUACCAAGAUCAUGAGCUUUGGAUCUUCUCUGGCUGCCAGGACGAUCAAACAAGCGCUGACGCGCAUGUGGAUGGAAUCUACCAAGGAGCCUUUACCUGGGCGCUGAUCAAGGCCUUGAAGAGCGAUGGUUUCAUGGAGUCCUACAGCAACCUGCUGAUCCAGAUCAAGGCAAAUUUGGAGAGUGGCAGCUACAAGCAGGUCCCCGCACUGUCCACGACACACAAGAUGUACCUGGACUUCGGUUUCCUUGGCAGGCUCAAGGAGGAAGGCAGACCUCACAUUUCCGCUCGGGAUGGCUCGAAGAUGGUGUUGCCCUGCAGCCGCGACAGCAUCGUGGCGGCGUCGGCAGGUGCUCUCCUGGGUCUUGUCUUCAUCUCUACAUCCUCCUGGCAAUCCGACUCGAGCUCCUGGGAUGCUCCUUAUGCGGAAAUUGCGGAAGCUCAGCAGGACAUCCACGACAUCCGGGCCGCGCAGGUUGCUGCACCGGCUGUGCCCUGUGCCAAGGGGCCACCAGAAGCGCCGUGCGCUGCACCGACAAAGACACCAGCUAGCAUUCAGGAAGAGGCUUGUGUGGCUGACCAACUCGCACGUCCACCGCCAGUCGUGUACGGAACCAGCGGGACCUGGAUGGAGGUGUCUUUCCUGAAUGGCGACCUGACAGGCAGAGGCUACAAAACGAAUCCGUUGUGCAAAAAACCUUGGACAAGCGAUGUGGUUGGGCGACCCAUCAUUGACACCACGGCCACACUUGUGCAGCGAGCUAUCCGUGUAGGCCACCCGAAGAACGGCAUGCUGAAUCCCAAGAGCGAUGUGGUGAUUCCGAGGUCAUGUGCGCGCCCAGUGCCGAAGAUACUGCACUUCAUUUGGCUGUGUUCGCCGCUCUCUGAGACUCGAGCUAGACACGUUCAAGGAUUUGCAAUCAAGAAUCCCAACUACCGCAUUUUAUUCUGGACUGACACGGAGAUCCCGCUUCUUUCGAAGAUGAUCCUGGAGAACGGAACAUCUGCACGCCCAGCCGGUGCCAUUGAAAGAAAGGACGCAUACUUGGAGGCGCAGUCCUUCCAAUCGCUCCGCGUGAUCCGGCACCUGGACACCUUCCAUGAGAACAACCGGAACCCAGGUGUCUGUGCCCUGAAGUCUCAUUUCUGGCGGCUUGAGGCACCACUGAAGUACGGUGGCAUUUACAUUGACAUGGACCACGUAGCAACCCGCGGCUUUGACGAAGUCGGAGGUGAGCUCUGGCGAUGGCCUUUCGUCACGCACAAGGUAUGCGGUGCCAAUAUUGGCAAUCACAUCUUCAGUGGUGACAAAGGCUCUGGAUUCUUGGAUUUCGCCAUCAAAGUCAUCAUGGAGCGAAAUUCGACUGCAGUUUUGAGUUUUGAUUGCCUUGAA